AUGGCCACAGCAUCCGGCAACCGUACACGAUUCAGCUCUUCACCCGAAUUGUCGGAUCCGCCCUCCAUGCUUUCUGCACCAACAUCCCCCGGCUUUACAAAAUCCAAGCCAAAUGGAGGAGAACUUGAUGAGAUCAUAGUCGACCCAUCCACCAUCAGAUAUGAUGGGUCGGGUCAGCCUCUCCUUACCAAGGACGGCCUUCCCAGGCGGAAGCCAGGGCCUAAACCCGGUUCACGGAUCAAACGGAAUAGUGCCAAUGCCGAGGAAGGUUCUGAGAAACCAAAACGCACUCGGAAACCCAAGGACCCAAAUGCGCCUCCUACGCAGCGGCGCCGUAAGACGGCGGGCGCUGCUGAGGGCGAGAACGUUGACGCUCCUCCACGAGCCGCAAGUUCACCAGCUGGUCCCGCCUCAGCCGGCGCUGCAUCUCGUCAGCCUAAAAUUACGGAGAUGGCCACCACAAUGGGACGCUUGGAACCGAUACCGCAGAGAGAGCCAAAGCGAGAGUCAAUGCCGGGCUCCAUGUCGAGCAUUCUAAACGCCGACCCGGAACCGAAACCAUAUCAGCAGCAGCAACAGCCACAGCCGCCACCGCCAAGGCCUACUGUAACCCCCCGAACCAGCGGCACUGCAUAUGAUCCUAUUCGUUCUUCUAAUUAUGACCCUGUGAGAGAGACGAUGGUCUCUCAUAGUUAUCAAAGCGCACUGGGAUCGCCACACGGGCCAAAUAACACAAAUAUCCUAAAUCGUGCGAGUGCAUCGCCUUCAAUUGCUAGUCUGGUUGACCCCCCCAUGCCAAAUAUUAUUUCACCUGUACCAUCCCAUACUUCUUUCGCCACCAAUCAGCAGCAAAAUCAUUCACAACCUCAAACACAAUCCCGCCCACAGCAAGAUUCUGCUUCUGUGCCCGCCUCGCCCAAUCCUUUCAGGAGGGAUUUUGCACCUCCCCCCGCUCCCAAACCGCCUGCAGUGGAGUCAAAGAAGCCCGCGACCCCUUUAUCAGCCUUAGCCGCUUCCAAGAUAGAAAUUCGUCCCACGUCUAUAACCACUAUCGGAGCUGCCGGCGCCAAACGAGCCGCCUCUAAGAACUACAGUGCAACAUCAUCUUCACCUCGCAUUCACCCCGCCAAAGAGUCAAUAGACCCAGUUCCGGGACGGUCCAUUCUCGAUUUUGGUAGGGCUGAGCCCGGUUCGGAGCUUGUUGUACCCUCUAUCGUUUUGAAUAUCCCCCUGAAUGGCGAAACCAACAAAUACGUCAACUUCAUGCGAAUGGCCGAGGAAGUGUACGGCUGGGAAGCUCUGCACCCACGCCAGGCAGAGCACAAGGCUCGUAAAGCGCGUAUCGCUGCUGCUUCCGCAGCGUUAGCACAAAACGACUCCAGCCGAGAAGGUGAUGAGAUGUCGGUGGAUGAGUCGGAUAAUGAGGACUCUAAUGUCGAGAUGGGCGGUACAAGUGGCCCCGACAAGGCUACUGAUGGCAAGCCAGCCAAGAAGAAGAGGCAUUUCAAGGAAGACGAAUACGAUAGAGAUGACGACUUCGUUGACGACUCAGAGCUACUAUGGGAAGAGCAGGCAGCAGCGAGUAGGGAUGGGUUUUUCGUCUACUCGGGUCCCUUAGUCCGCGAGAUUGAAAAACCUGAACCAGGACGGGGUGAUGGCCUUCCUAAACGCGGUCGAGGCUCCCGUGGUGGACGUGGUGGAAGCAGGGGCGCUGCUACCGGCACUGGACGAGGUCGUGGUGGUGGUCCCGGCUCACGAGGUGGCAUAACACGCAAGCCUCGCAUGACGAAAGCCGAUAGAGCACAGAUGGAUCGGGAAAAGGCUGAACGCGAGGCCAACUUACUAAAGUCGUCUGGCACGCCAUCGUAUAAUGUACUGCAGCCUAGCAGUCCGAAAUUCGCUGGGUUAUAG